AUGGCCGAUUCAAAUUAUAUUUUCGAACCAAAGAAAAAAGACCUAAAAGCUGAUGUUCAGAGAACUGUUCAUCAUCUCCCUGCAUUUUCUAUUGAAUAUGUAAAAUCCCUUUUUCCGAUUUUCUCAUGGAUCGGUCGUUAUAAUACCACAUGGUUGCUCGGUGACUUGAUAGCCGGGAUAACUGUGGGAUUGGUAGUAAUCCCUCAAAGUAUGGCUUACGCAAAGGUUGCGGCAUUGCCUGUAGAAUAUGGGUUAUAUUCCUCUUUUGUUGGUGUCACGAUAUAUUGUCUUUUCGCAACAUCGAAAGACAUGACUAUUGGCCCUACCGCGGUUAUGUCUUUGCUUAUAGGACAAACUCUAACCGCAAUUUCCAGUAAUAAAGAUAAUGCGGGAUAUUCAAAUCCAACAAUUGCAGCAACUUUUAGUCUCUUGGCUGGUCUUAUCGUUCUUUUAUUUGGUCUGUUACGUCUUGGUAUUGUUGUUAGAUUUGUUUCUAAUCCCGUCAUUGCCGGCUUCACUACUGGAUCUGCUAUCAAUAUCACUAUCAGUCAGCUUGCAGGCUUGUUGGGCAUAACCGGCAUAGAUACUAGAGCUGCCACAUACUUAGUUCUUGGAAACACACUUAAAGCUUUGGGCCGUACAACUGUUGAUGCUGCUGCUGGGCUCACUUGCUUAUUGUUCUUAUAUAGUGUUAAAUUUGGAAUGUCAUACCUUACCACGCGUUAUUCUAAUAGACAAAAGAUAUUCUUUUUCAUUUCCACUUUACGCAACUUUCUCGCGGUGGUUAUUUACACUAUCAUCGCCUUUAUACUCAAUAUUGGAAAAACCACAAAUCCCUUAAGUAUUCUGAAAACCAUGCCUUCCGGACUCCAUGAUGUCGGCGUAAAGGAUAUCGAUACUAAACUUUUAAGUAUUUGUGGCCCGUAUCUUCCUGGAAUUUGUAUAGUUUUAGUUCUGGAACAUAUUGCUAUUGCUAAAAGUUUUGGAAGGAUUAAUGACUAUAGAAUUGCCCCUAGUCAAGAGUGUAUCGCUAUCGGUGCCACCAAUUGUCUUGGCUGUUUAUUUGGUGCAUAUCCAGCUACCGGUUCUUUUUCUCGUAGUGCUAUCAAGUCAAAAUCUGGUGUAUUGACUCCUUUUGCUGGUAUAUUUUCUGGUCUAUUGGUCCUUUUGGCUAUUUACGCUUUAACUCCCGCAUUUUAUUACAUUCCUAAUGCUGCACUUAAGUAUGUUUAUCACAUUGUUGCUGAUUUCAAUGCUGUUACUCAAAGAAUAAUCAAAGUUGGAAUUUAUGUUUCUGUUGGCUUUUCACUUGCAAUAACCCUCCUUCGAAUAUCAAGACCGAAAUUUGAAACGCUUGGUCGCAUUGCGAUCGCCUCGCUCGAUGACAAAUCUUCCAAUAAAUAUGCCUAUGUUCCUUCAGUAUUCGAGGGCGCUCAAAGUCCACCAAGUGGUAUUUUAAUCUUUCGAAUUGAUCAAGAACUUACUUAUCCAAAUGCUGAUUAUAUUGAAGACGAAAUAAUUAAUCAUGUAAAAACCAAUACCCGUCGGAUGUCUGAAAUGCCUAAAAGAGCAAACGAUUUACCAUGGAAUGAAGCUAAAGUGACUUAUGAAUCUAAAAUUCAAGAAAACUCUGCGUUACCACCAUUAAAAGCGAUAAUAUUCGAUUUUUCUGCUGUUUGCAUCGUAGACUCGACGGCCGUGCAGAUAUUAGUAAACGUUAAAAGGACCAUAAAUAGAUAUGCCGGCAGUGAAGUGGAAUAUCAUUUUGCGACUAUCCUUAAUGAACCAAUACAAAAAUCAUUGAUAAUUGCAGGUUUUGGUUCAGCAGAUCAGAAAGCUUUGUUAGUCGAUGUUGGAACUAACACCGCGAAAAUUAAUGAUUUGGAAAGUAAACAUUCCGUGGAAAUUAAAAAAUCCAUGGAAACUAAAAAAUCUGAGGAAGUUUCGGAAGUUGUGAUUGAUAGUAGUGAGGAUUCGACUGCUACUUCAGGAGGAAAUAAAUUUUUCCAUUUAAGUGUAGAAGCUGCUGUAAUAGCUGCUACUAAUGGAACUUGGUGA